AUGAUAAAAGUAUCUGAGGAAAUAUUGAAUGAAAGCUACAUUCGAUCUCUGAAUUUGACGGUAAGCCUUGCAAAUGACAAUAUAUAUACUGUCACUAAAACAAAAACUCACUUCUCGGUCAAUUUGGACAUAGAGAUAUGCUGUUGCAGAAGAUUUCAAACAGAUAAAAUACCGUGCCCGCACGCAGUUGCUGUAAUCAGGAAAUACAACAAAGAUCCUUUGUUCUAUUGUUCCAAGUACUACAUGAAGGAGAAGUACGUCAACACGUACAGUCACACUGUGUAUCCAAUGACGAAUAAGUCAACAUGGAAUACACCUCAAGAAGUAAAAGAUAUAAUCGUGCUGCCUCCAGAAUCAAGAACAAAAUCUGGGAGACCGAAGAAGAAACGCAUAUUGGCAGGACAUGAAAAAAGGUCAAAGAAUAAAUGCACGGUUUGCAAGAAGAUGGGUUACAGUAAAAAAACAUGCAGAGGAUGA